AUGGAGAGACCUUUUGGGGGUAGAAUUACAAAUAUGUAUGAGCAGGUUAGUGUAUACAUAAACAAAAUGUGGGCAGAGGGAGUUGAAGGAAUGAGAGAAACUGAUCUAUUAAAAGAAAGGGAAUUAGAUCCUCUAAGAAGUCGAUGGAAACGAAUAAAUGCUAGUGUAUCGAACUUUGUUGGUGCAUUUGCUCAAGUAGAGUCAAAGAGAAAAAGUAGUAAAUGCGAUGAUGAUGUUAUAAAGACAACGUACGCUAUUUACAAGAGUAACAACAAGCCUCACCAUAGGGAUUUUAAUGACCGGCAUUGUUUGGAAAUUAUUAAGGGUUGUGAUGUAUGGAAGCCUUAUGGGGAUAUUGUUAAGAAGUGCAAGAAGAAGGCAACAACUCAAGAAAGUAGUUCAAAGAGGUGGAGGAUUAAUGAAACUGGAAACUACUCCACUUCAACUGACCCAAAUACACCAACCAGUGGUGAUAUAGGGUGUUCUGUCCAAACUCCAAGCGAUGGGUCCAGCAAAAAUAAGGGGAAGGAAAAAGUUGUGAACAUGCCAUCAGAAGCAUUCCAACAAUGGGUGGAUAAUAUUGAGAAAAUAAAUUUAUGA